AUGGAAAAAUUCGAUGUCGCCGUAGUAGGCCUCGGUGCCCUUGGAAGCGCAGCAGUCUGGCAAGUGGCAAGAAAGGGAGCGAAGGUUGUGGGCUUUGAACAGUUCGAGUUCGGCCACGUCCGAGGUGCAUCUCACGACACGUCUCGCAUCGUCCGCACAGCAUACGAUGCUCCGGAAUACGUAUCGCUCGCCAAAGCCGCUUACAAAGACUGGGCCGAGCUAGAGAAAGACGCCGGUUUGAAGCUGUUGACGGUCACUGGUGGCAUUGUGGUGCUUGCGAAUGAUCGUACCUGGACAUCCGGCUUCAAGGUCUCGGAUUACACUGCGAGCCUCGACGCCAACAAUGUACCCUACGAGCUUCUAAGUGCCAAAGAGGUCAAUAAGCGAUGGCCUAAACUUGACAUUGAUGACGACGAGAAUGCAGUGUAUACUCCAGAUACUGGCAUUGCGCAUGCGGCUAAAUCUGUGACAGCGAUGCAAUUCGUUGCUCGCGCUCGCGGAGCCAUUCUCAAGGAAAACACACCAGUGACAGCAAUCAUACCAAUCACGAAUGGCCGAAACGACAAAGGAGUCAUCAUCAAGACAGAGAAUGGCGAUUUCCAGGCUCGCAAGGUCAUUCUCGCAGCAGACGCCUGGACCAACAAACUGCUUGCUCCUCUCGGCGCACAGAUUCCACUUGAGGUCAUGCAAGAGCAAGUAACAUACUUCAAGCCCAAAGAACCUGCUCUGUUUGAUGCCGAGCACUUCCCUGUAUGGAUCCGGAUGGUUGACGGAAAGACAUUUUACGGAUUUCCCACUUUUGGUGAACCCACCAUCAAGGCUGGCCGCGACGUUUCCAACAACCGUAUGAGCCCUGAAGAACGGUCCUACACUCAUUCUCCAAAGCUUUUGGAUGAGUUGACCGCAUUCAUGAAGGACUUUGUAACCAAAGAUGAGGACCUUGAGAUCCUUCGCACAGUUACAUGCCAGUAUACGAUUACUCCAGGCCGACAUUUCGUACUUAGCGCACUAAAUCAGUAUCCCGAUAUUCUGGUUGCCUUAGGGGCGGCUCAUGGUUUUAAAUUUGCGCCUGUAAUAGGUCGGGUCAUGGCGGAACUGGCUAUAGAUGGAAAGACGACUGAGGAUCUCUCCAAGUUUGUUAUCCCGGCGAUUCAAUCUGUUGUUCGAAGUAAGAUCUAG